AUGACAUGCUUUAGAAAUUGAAAGAUAAGUAUGCAAACUUAACUAUUUAUUCUAUUCCUCGUGUGUGUGUAUAUAACAGACCAAGUUAGCUACGCUUCAAACCAGAACCAAAAUCAUCAUAAUGAGUAGGAGAUAUGCAAGAUUGUGUGUUGGCCGUGGCGCGUUUUGUUUUCCGGUCCAUUCCCGGACUCCGGGAUCAAAAUCGAAACAGAAACCCGCCUCUAGAAGCAUUAGACGUCGUUCCUCCUCCUCUUCCAUCAAAACUGGCCAUUUGAAAACAGAUCAGUUUCUGAGUAAUAGCAGUGACGACUUUGGUGAAGAAAUCAGAGUAAAAAAUGGGGAUGAGAUUGGGAACAAGAUAAUGGUUGUUGUGGAUUCGAGCCUCGAAGCCAAAGGAGCUCUUGAAUGGGCACUGUCCCACACUGUUCAAAUCCAAGACACCAUUGUGCUUCUUCAUGUAGCUCAGCCCUGCAAACAAGACUCAAAUGCGAAGAAGCUUAAUUUAAGAGCUUUUGAGCUUCUUCACUCUAUGAAAAAAGACUGUCAGAGGAGAAGGCCUGGGGUGGAAGUUGAGGUAGCAUUGCUUGAAGGGAACGAAGGAGGUGCAAUAAUUGUGGAAGAAGCAAAGAAACAAAAGGUAUCUCUACUUGUUCUUGGCCAAAAAAGAGAGAGGUCAAUGUGGUGGAAGCUAAUCAACAAGUGCUGGACGACUAGGCGAAGGAGAAGAACAUCCAGAAGCGGUGAGGUUGUGGAAUACUGCAUACAAAAUGCUGGAUGCAUGACGAUUGCGGUGAGGAGAAAGAGCAGAAGACUUGGAGGCUACUUGAUCACCACCAAGCUUCACAAGAAUUUCUGGCUUCUAGCUUAAGUUAAUUUAUGAUUACUCUUUUAGAAAUUGGAUGCGAGUGCUAUGCUUGUAAAACAAUGGAUGUCAAUGAAAGCCUUAGACUUUGAACUUCA